AUCUGUCAAACAUUAAAAUAUAAUUCUCCCAUUGUGCCCACAGGAAUCCAUCUACUCAUUGAAUGCGCGAGCGCGGGAGCAGAUGAUCGUUGUUCUUUUACAUGGCGCGCGCGUUGAAUGACAAUCGUUCCAAAUUCGAAUAUUGAAUGAGGUUUCAUUUUUUUUUUCUAAUAUUUUUCAUUGACAACAGUGUUUUUUUUCCGUAAAGCGAACAUUUUUCAAUAUUUAUUGAACGAAUGCGAUUUUAUAUUUUUCUUUAAUAAAAACCAGUUUUUGGAACUCAGUUUAAUAGAAGUUUUGCGAAAAGGAAAGUUUUUUUUUUGAGUUAGUUCUCGGAGAGAAUUUCUGAACGAAAAUCUUGUUACGAUAUUUCGUGAUAAUGAUGUGAACUGUGCUUAUAAAACUUAUCGAUAAAAUAUCGUACGAUUUCUUAGUUUUGUAGCUUUAGUUAUAUUUUUUGUAGUGUUUUUAAAGAAAGUACUUGUAAAGAAAUGGGGGUUUUGAAAGUUUUUUUAAUAAUGUUGCUAGUGGAAAUUGUUUUAAGUGAAAAAGUUUUUAAAAGUGUACCAGUGACUGUAAAGGCUUACGAAAAUGACACUGUAUUGCUACCAUGUUAUACAGACAAUACAGAAGGCGACCUCCGCGUCCGCUGGUACAAGAGCAACGCCCUCAUCGCCGACAGCCGGGACCCCAACCUAUUGCUGCCCCCGCGCACGCGCAUGCACGCCAACUUCAGCCUGCAGGUCGAGGAGCUGGUGUCCGCCGACACUGCUGACUACACCUGCGAGAUAAUUCGUCCUGAGCCUUGGGGUCCCAUCCGGCAAACGCACACGAUAGAAGUACAAUAUGCUCCUAGCGUCAGGACGGUUCCAGAAGAUGGGUUCCUGGAAGUGAAGAAGGGUGACUACGUGGACAUAGGGUGCGAGGCCAGCGGCACUCCCGCGCCCAUAGUCAACUGGAGGAAAAACGGCGAGGCGAUGGCGCUGCUUGAGCACCGGGCGCGGAUCCGGUUCCGCGCCGAGCACCGGCUGCUGGCCGGCGCGUACGAGUGCACCGCCAACAACGGCGUCGGCGACCCCGUCACCGCGUCCAUUACUGUUAUUAUACAGGAUGCGCCCGUAGUGUCGACGGAGAGGAGCUUCGUCCACACCGCUCUGGGUCUCAGAGCGGCGCUGGCCGCCAAGCUGGAGUUCGCCAUACCGUCCGCUAGAACCGCCUGGUACAGAGAUGGGAAACCUGUCAAAACUGACGACAGGGUUGUAAUAAUGGUGCGCGACAACGUGCACCAGCUGAUCUUCCGCACGGUGCGCAAAGCCGACCUUGGCAACUACACCUUCCGCGCCGAGAACAAGCUGGGCAUGGCGGACGUGGCCUUCAAACUCACGGGUGUACCGAAUGUGGCGUCUUUCAAAGUGGACCCUGUGUUGAACAAGGCGACAUCCACGAGUUUUACGCUUAUUUGGGAAGUGGAUUCCUACUCUACAAUAAUUGAAUAUAAUCUAUGGCUGCGUCCGUAUUACGGUCGCCUGUCAACCCCGGAGCCCGACGCGUUCACCACGGAGGCCCCGGCCAACCUGUGGAGCAAGAUCGUGGUGCCCGGCGACUCCAGCGACGGUCCAAUCCACAGCGCGACUUACACGGUGAGAGGCCUCACCCCUUCCACGGUCUAUGAAGCUAUAGUUACUUCAAGAAACAGGUUCGGUUGGAGUAAACCUUCGGCUGUGUUACAUUUCGCGACUGAGCCGGGAGCUGGUAGAACUCUGCCCGCAACAUCAGAAUAUACGGACAUAACUCCGAUACUAGAAGAAACAGAGUCUCAAGAGCCUUACAAUAUAACGCAGGCGCACGUUUUCGAACGCCUCAACGAGGUGUCGAGCGCAGCGCGGGGAACGCCAUCUUGCGCCGCCAUCUUUGUCUUAAUUGUGACGUUUUGGUUUUUAAUUGGAAGAGUUAAGUUCUCAAUCGAUUAUAAUAUUAAUUGACGAACAUUUGUAAUGCAAUAUCACUUAGUUUUCUUGAAAAGUGCUUCAAAAACCAUGUGUUUUUAAUCGUGUUAGUAAAGCGCGGGAAACGCCAUCUUGCGCCGCCAUCUUUGUCUUAAUUGUGACGUUUUGGUUUUUAAUUGGAUGAGUUAAGUUCUCAAUCGAUUAUAAUAUUAAUUGACGAACAUUUGUAAUGCAAUAUCACUUAGUUUUCUUGAAAAGUGCUUCAAAAACCAUGUUUUUAAUCAUGUAACGUGUUAGUAAAGCGCGAGGGACGCCAUUAAGCGCGGCCAUCUUUGUUCUCGAUUUGAUUAAAUUGGCGAUUCAUAUUAGAGGAUUUUAGGAGAAAGUUGCAAAAGUAUUUUAACAUAAAAUUGAAAUUUUAGCGAAAUAAUUUUUUUAUCAAGUAUCGCAUUUUUUGGGUAAUAAAUGCUCCUGCAGGGUGCGUUUAAUGGCGUUUAACUAUAGAAAUUAUUUUUGAAAAGCAUUUUUGUAAAGUCCAUUAAUUUUUAAGUUUAGUUUUUAACCUUCAUUUUAAGGUUCCUUUUCUUAUACAUAAGUACCUAGCCUAAUAUUUUAGUCACCAAUGUCGGAUAGUAUUGGAGCGUUGAAAUACUUUAAAAUCAAAGGAAACCUUCCAGGGUUGGCUCGUAUGCUAUCGUUCGAAGCUGAUGUCGCUGCCCGCGAAAUUCAAAUUUAAUUUGGUUUUUCGCAAUUU